AUAAAAGCAAAUGUCAAAUCCAAGAAUGUCAACAUUCAACACAAACAGUGGAUACAUGUAACAUUACCGUUUCAACGACAAAUAACUUUACCGAAACCUUAUUAAAAAUGAAAUUCACACUUCUUAUUGUUAUUAUUGCUGCUCUGUUCGCUGUUGUUCUUGGAAUCCGGCCGACACCACCAAGAAGGUGUGAUUAUAAAUGCCCAAAACCUGACGUAAAUGUUUGUGCUACAAAUGGAAUUUGUAACAAUGAGUUCCCAAGUCAAUGCCAAUUGGAGAAAUACAACUGUUUGUUCCCUCAGAAGACAUUCAAACAAAUUGAUGAUUAUAAAUGUGCUGAAAAAUCGUUACCUCAGUGUACGCUUGGAGAUUUAUAAAAUAUUUUCUAAUUCUAGUCAAAC